AGUUUCAUCUCUUCGAAAAUCAUCACUCUUAAAGCAUAACAGAAAACAAUCCUCAAGUUAUAAUCUUUUAGUAACCGUUUUCUGUUAUCUUAAAAUGGCACGAACCAAGCAAACUGCUCGCAAGUCCACCGGCGGCAAAGCACCAAGGAAGCAACUGGCAACCAAAGCUGCUCGCAAGUCUGCUCCGGCCACCGGAGGAGUGAAGAAGCCACAUCGUUUCAGGCCAGGAACCGUCGCUCUCCGUGAGAUCCGCAAGUACCAGAAGAGUACAGAGCUUUUGAUCCGCAAACUUCCUUUCCAGCGUCUUGUUCGUGAGAUCGCUCAAGAUUUCAAGACUGACCUCCGUUUCCAGAGCUCCGCCGUGUCGGCACUCCAGGAAGCAGCCGAGGCUUACCUCGUUGGACUCUUUGAGGAUACAAAUCUCUGUGCAAUUCACGCCAAGCGUGUCACUAUCAUGCCUAAGGAUAUCCAGCUCGCUAGGCGUAUUAGAGGCGAGCGUGCUUGAUUUUCUCAAUUCUUGCUUUUAGGGUUUGUGUAGAUAUUUUCAAUAUGUGUUAAUCACAGACCGUUGGUUUCAAUUUCUUGAGAAUCAAAUAUUGUAAUAUUGUGAUCGUGCUCAGCACCUUAUCAAUGAAAUGGAUCGUCUUUUGUUCAA